AUGUAUGUUAAGCGCAAGCAAAGUGCGUCGCCCGCGCUGGGCCCCGAGAGGGAGCUUGCAGUGUUCUGUGGAAUAUUCCCUCAGAUCGCCUGCAUCCUUCGUGGCUCCGGGCCAGAGUCCUCCGACUUUCUUUUUUUUAAUCAAAGGAGAGUUUUGCGUUUACUGUUUGAAAGGUUAGGAAAACCAUGCCAAAGUUCCUGCAGGCAGCUUGGAGAGCUUGGGCACACAGGAACCACUUUCCGUGUGGAGGAAAAAGGAGAGGUAUCCUGGGAGCAGGCAGGCUCUGCUGGUUUCACGUGCAACGUGCCUGACAAACCAGCCGGUAGAGCGCGGAUAACACGGAGCCGCUGGAGGUCUGGAAAGGAGCGAGCAGCCCGGAAAAGCGAGUUCUCCUCCCCCUGCACAAGCCGGCUGGAGGUGUGCCUCUGUGCCUGGGGAGGCGCCCCUGCUCACUCAGCGCGGCUCCCCCCACUGGCCCCGACGCUGCAAGAGGGGCAAGCGCCGGAGGACCCCGCGCGGCGCGCGGCCCCGCACAAAGUCAGCGCAAGCGCAGUGGGGACCCGCGGGGCACCAGCGGGGCUCGGAAGCCUCCCCAGCGCCCGCCAGCCCGCCGGCCACACUGGAGCGCCCGUGAGACGCGUCACACGCCCUCCUGUCGCACUCGCCGCUGGUGCUGCCCGCUGCGGAGAAGAUUUGACGGAGAAGAGAAGAAAGUCACGGGAGGAAGAAGAAGGAAGCGGAGCUGGAGGACAGCCGCUCCCUGCCAGCUCUGAAGGCGACAAAGGGAUCCGAGCCCCAAGAAGCCAGAGUGCUGCUCUGCGAGCUGGAAGAAGCAGGGACCUGGGCUCCUCCAAGGGGCCUCGGAAGGACCGCAGCUCUCCUGGCAACUUGACUGUGGUUCCGUGA